GUCUUGCUUAGGCGUCCGUGCAGUGAAGACUCUCUCUAAAGUAGGGAGUGAGCGGCUGGGACUGACUGAGCGCGCAGUAGUCGAUAUCAAGGGAUUGUACGCGAGUGACAGUGAAAAACAGGCUACGGGGAGCUUGAACCAUGCGAAUUCUAGCCGUCACGAGACUUCUGCCUGGCCUUCUGAUCCGGCUUGCUGUGAUCAUGCUGUCCAGACUCAUCGGCCGCGAGGAUUACACGCACAUGGACGCCACAGAUAAACUCCUUCCCCAUUAUGACUUCAUUGUGGUGGGAAGCGGGUCUGCCGGGGGCGUGUUGGCGGCGCGGCUGGCGGAGGUGGAAGAGUGGCGGGUGCUGCUGCUGGAGGCUGGAGGGUUGCCGCCGCCUGAGAGUGACAUCCCAGGCCUCAAUCCCAUCCUGCUGCAGAGUGAGGUUGACUGGCAUUACUUCACGGUGCGGCAGAAACACGGCCUGCGUGGAUAUGUGGGCGACUCGUGUCACAUGCCGGUGGGUCGCGUGCUGGGCGGCUCCUCCACUCUCAACUGGAUGAUGUACGUGCGCGGCAACAGGCGGGACUUCGACAACUGGGAGGCGAUGGGCAACCCUGGCUGGAGCUACGCCGAGGUGCUGCACUACUUCAGAAAGUCAGAGAACUACCUCGGCACGCGGCACCAGGCCACGCUCGAAUUCCAUGGGCGCGGCGGGCCUCUCACGGUGGACGACAAGGUGUGGGCGCCUCCGCUGACUCAGGCCAUCCUGCAGGCCGGGAGGGAACUAGGAUUCCAAGUAAUUGACCCAAAUGGACCAGAAAUGAUUGGUUUCUCCAUCCCUGACUUGACGGUACGCCACGGGCGGCGCGGCUCCACCUCCGCGUCCUACAUCCUGCCCGCCGCGAAGAAAAGGAACUUGCACGUGGUCCUCAACGCGCAGGUCACUCAGGUGUUGUUCAACAGAGACAAGAGAGCAGUGGGGGUCAAGUAUGUGCAGUUUGGUCAGGAGAAGCAGGUGAUGGCGCGUCGAGAGGUAAUCCUGUCUGCUGGCGCCCUAAACUCACCUCGUCUCCUUAUGCUGUCUGGUGUCGGCCCCGCUCAGCACCUACGCAGCCACGGGAUCCCGGUGCUGUUGGACCUGCCGGGUGUGGGCCAGAACCUGCAGGACCACCCGUCAGUGUUCGGCCUCACUUGGACCGUCAGGCCGGGCACCAGCACCUUCCUCCUGCGCAGCGCCUCCAUCCAGUCCAUCAAGCAAUACCUGAGGGACAAGACAGGUCCCCUCGCCGUGCCCUUCGGCGUGGAGGUGAACGCAUGGAGCCCCGCACACCCCUCAGUGGGCGACCCGAUGUGGCCUGACCUGCAGUACCUCUUCAUGUCCAUCACUCCCGCGGUGGACUACGGCCUGCUCUUCACUGACGGCGUGGGCUUCAGGAGGGAGCUGUUCCACAAGUACUAUGGAUCAUUGCUGGGGAGGGAAGGGUUCAACAUCGGACCCAUGCUGACACGUCCCAAGAGCCGCGGCACCGUCACCCUGCAGUCCAGCGACCCCUUCGCACCGCCGCUCAUCGACCCUAACUUCCUCAGCCACCCAGACGACGUGACCACCUUCGUCAGAGGCAUCAAGUUCGCAAUGACCGUCGCCAACACAACUGCCCUAAAAUUCGGAGUCGGGGCAAGAUUUCAUGAUCAGGUGCUACCGGGGUGCGAGCGGGAGGUGUACGGCUCAGACCAAUACUGGGCGUGCUACGUGCGGCAUAUGGCCCAGACCACCUACCAUCCAGUGGGCACGUGCAAGAUGGCGCCCGUGUCUGACCCGUACGGCGUAGUGGACCAUAAGCUCAAGGUGCGGGGCGUGAGCGGCCUGCGAGUGGUGGACGGCUCCAUCAUGCCCCUUAUCACCACAGCGAACGUGAACGCGCCCAUAAUCAUGAUUGGCGAGAAGGCAGCGGACCUGAUCAAGGAGGAAUGGGGCGCCCCGGUCACCGCUAACCUGGUCUGAGUGUAUUCUUGAGCGGCGCCUUACCUCCAUUACAGUCGCCAUAUUUAUUGACUCAGGUACAAGGGAGGACUAAGAAAAGACAAAGGCCGAGAAGGUGAAGGCUCUAGUGGAAGUUUUUUUUUCGUGAUUUUUAGUAACAGAUUUCAUGCUAGUAUUUCUUUCUUUGUUUUAUUUAUUUCAUUUUAGUUAUUCUUCUACUACUUAAAGUACCUAAACUUCCCUUUGUCACUUUUAAGACAUUCAAAUCUGCAAGUAAUACAUUUAACCUUUUGAUUGCAUCCUCUUCCUUCGCUAAUUUACAGUUCUUUCUUUUAUUUAAACUAUAUCUCCCUUCGUCACUUUUAAAGUAUUCAGAUCUCCUUGCACGUACAACAAACACCUUUAAUCUUUUCAUCGCACCCUCUUCCCUCGCCAAUUUACAGUUCUGUCUUUAUUUUAGCUGUUCUUCUACUAUUUAAACGCCCUAAAUCUCCCUUCGUCACUCUUAAAGCAUUCAGAUCUUCUUGCACGUACAACAAACACCUUUAACCUUUUCAUCGCAUCCUCUUCUCUCGCUAAAUUAUAGUUUUUUUGUUUUUUUUAUAGCUGUUCUACUAUUUAAACGCCCUUCGUCACUUUUAAGACAUUCAUAUCUUCUUGCACGUACAACAAACACCUUUAACCUUUUGAUCGCAUCCUCUUCCCUCGCCAAUUUACAGUUCUUUCUUUAUUUUAGCUGUUCUUCUAUAUUUAAACGCCCUGAAUCUCCCUUCGUCACUUUUAAGACAUUCAAAUAUUCUUGCACGUACAACAAACACCUUUAACCUUUUCAUCGCAUCCUCUUCCUGCGCUAUAUUACAGUUCUUUCUUUACUUUAGCUGUUCUUCUACUAUUGAAACGAUCUAAAUCUCCCUUCGUCAUUUUUAAAACAUUCAAAUCUCCUUAAAUGUACAACCAACACCUUUAACCUUUGAUCGCAUCCUCUUCCCUCGCUAAAUUACAUGCUCAGCUACAUAACUUCCACUUCUUGCUGACUUCCCGUUACCUAAUCGCUUCGUCACGCCGGACAUCAUAUAAUCCAAGCACUUUUUUUCCCCUCUCGUCUCGUAUUUCCGUUUACUAUUGUGCUAUUUAUCAAACGUCGACUUCCCUUGCCAGUGUUUUUCUCGACUUCAUUGACUUUCGUGUUUUUCAUUAUUCGGACGUGUCGAUUUUGUUAAUGCAACUCUCUCUCUCUCUCUCUCUCUCUCUCUCUCUCUCUCUCUCUCUCUCUCUCUCUCUCUCUCUCUCUCUCUCUCUCUCUCUCUCUCUCUCUCUCUCUCUCUCUCUCUUAA